AUGAGGUAAAAUCAAAAAAGUCAAGAAACACAAACAAAAAACUAUAAAGCAAAAGUCUAAAAUUACUUAAAUCAAUUAAAAAAAGACUCAAGAAUGAAAGAUAUGACUAACGAAAAGAUCCUUACUCAAAUAUUCUUGGAUGCUUUGAGUUUAAGUAAUGAUCAAUAAUAUAAUUCCACAAUCUUUGAUGCCAUCAAAGAAUCUGUUUGGAGUUAUCAAAUUAAAAGUAAUUGUAUCCUGUAAAAUAGUUUAAAUCCUUAAUAAGAUCAUAAAUAAAAAUGACAAAAUAUUAUCAAUGGUGUCGUCUAUGUUGCUAAUAUUGGAUGGAUAUUUUAAUUUCAACAGUAAGAAGAUCAACUUGGUCUAUGUAAAAGUUCCAUUCGUCAUGAAAUAUCAAAGUUUUUUCUUACUUCAAUCCAAUGAUAAUUUCAAUCUUCUAUUUGAAGUUGGUUUACAUAAAAAGUACAACGAUACUAAACAAUAAGUAAUCUAUAAUAUAAAUUAGUAGAUUUGUUUAUUUGAUAUAGUCUAAAAAAUAACUUUUAUAGACAUAUUCUUUUAUCAAAAAGGUUAGGAAAUUACAGAUGCAAUCCAAGAAUAUUAAAUAAAUAUUUAAAAAGAUUUCUAUAGAACUGAAUUAGACUAAGUAGAAUGUGUAAGUAUUCCAUUGACAGGAAUCAAUGCUAAAUAGUAGAGCUACUUAUUUUAAGCCUAAAACAAAAGUUGGGCUGAAUCAUCCUAUUUAUAAUAAAGUUAAAAUUUAAUUUAAUGGAUUCCUUUGAAAUUUAAAUAGCUUAAGGAGAAGAAGGAGGAUCUUUUAUUAAAAAAUGGGCAUCUCAUAAAUAGAUCUUUUUAUGAAAAGUUAUCAAAUCUAUUUCAUUAUGAAAAUAUUGGAAAUUAAAAUAAAUAUAAGUUAAUCUAAUUUGUGGAUUUUGAAUCUGUUGGUCAAAUAUUAGAUUUACUUUAAAAAUCUCAAUUAUUCAAAAUUAAAUUAUCAAAUUAAGAGAGAUAAAUUGUAAUUACAAAGAAUAAUGCUUUAGUUAUUGGUAGAAGUGGAACUGGAAAAACUACAAGCACUGUUUUAAGAAUAUUUGCAACAGAAAUGUUGGUGAAAGUAAGAAGCAAAUUUCUUGGUUAAAAAAAAAUAUAAGUUUUAUAAGAUUAUUAAGGAAAGGAAGUGGAAAUUCAUUAAUUGUUUUCAACAGCAAAUAGGUUUUUAGUUUAGGAAGUAGAAAAAUAUUACAAUAAAUUAGAAAGAUAGGCUUAAGAUGCCAUAAAUACCCAUAGAACUUAAAGCACUUUUAAAUUAGAUGAAUCUUUGUAAUUAAAUAUUUUUAAUAAUUUAGUGUCUCAAUUAAUGAAAGUGUCAUCUCAGACUACGAAACUGAUAUAUUAGAUUUUGUUUUACAAGAGGAAUAAAUUUAACAAUCCUAGAUAGGAUAAAAUUUUUAAUCACAAUCAAAGGAAAAAUCAUUGUCAUCAAUAAAGUUUCCUGGUUUUUUAUCAUCAGAAUAGCUUUUAAUUCUUUUAGAUAAGAAAUCUAAUAAUCCAUUUUUCUCUAUUGAAAAAAUCAAUAAAUUCAGAUAAAAGCAUAGUAAGAAAAUAGGAUUCUAAGAUUUUAAUGGAAUAAAUCUAGAUGAAUGGUUCCCUUAAGCUAAUAAUAUUCAAUAUUAAUAUUAAUAUUAAUCUUAAUCUUAAUAUUAAUCUUCAAGUGAUACACAAUUGAAAUAAGAUAUCAUUGUACCCGAAGUUGAUUUUAUGGUGUUUUAUUUAUAGUUUUGGCCUUAAGUCUGUGGAAGAGGAGGAAAUAAUUUUGAUAACACUGCACUCCCAUCAUUAAUAUGGACAUAGAUAUACUCAUAUAUUAAAGGUUCUUAAUAUUCAUAUGCAUAUCCUAAUAGAUGCCUUCCAUUUCAAGUGUAUAAAGAACGAGUUAGCAAUUAUUUGAGUGAAGCACAAAUGGUAGAAAUUUAUGAUUGCUUCUUAAAAUAUGAGAUUUGGAAAGAAAAAGAAUAAUAUAUCGAUCAAUUAGACCUAAUUAAUUCAUUAUUAGUUAAUAUUGAAUAAAAUUAAUUAAUUAGAUUUCCUAUUCACUAUUCUUACAUAGAUGAAGUAUAAGAUUUACCAUAGGCAAUGAUUGAGCUAUUUUGUAAAAUAACAGAAUAAGGGGUAAUAUUUUGUGGCGAUUCAGCUUAAUGCAUUUUGAAGGGAGUGGGAUUUAGAUUUUCUGAUUUAUAAACAAUUUUUAAAACUUCUAAAAAGAUAGGGGCUAACCAACUAGAAAAAUUUUAAGUUUACUAAUUAACUAAAAAUUUCAGAUCACAUAAUAAUAUUCUUCAAUUGGCCAAUUGUAUAAUUAUAAUACUUGAACUUUUAUUUCCUAAUAGUUUGGAUCACUUAUAAAAAGAAAUUUCAAAUCUCAAAGGUCCAAAACCGCUUAUUAUUUCAUAAGCAGAUCCUUCUUUGAUUUUAUUUCAUUUAAAUUAAUAAUGCGAUGCUGAAGAGCAAUGUGAAAUUGAGUUUGGCUAUAAUUAAGUUAUAAUAGUAAAAAAUGAAGAAGCUAAACAAACCCUACCAUAAUAGUUUAAAACAGCAAGAGUACUAACUACUUACCAAACGAAAGGAUUAGAAUUUGAUGAUGUUAUUCUAUAUAAUUGUUUUAGUUCUGAUCCUAUUCCAGAAUAGCAAUGGGCAUUUUUAUCUUGCAUAGAUGUAGAUGAAUCAUAUGUAGACAAGUAAGUGUUUGAAGAAUCAAUCACAAGUAUUCUUAAUUAAAUAUAAUAGAAUUCGAUGAGUAAAAUACUAAGCAUGAUAUAGAAUUAACCUAAGAUGGAAAGUAAGUUGUGUAAAAAAAACUAAAGUUAAAUUAAAGAUAUGAUAAAAAGAAAGUGAAUGAUUAUUCGUCCCUCUGUAAUGAAUUGAAGAUGCUAUAUGUUUGUGUUACUAGGGCUAAAAAGAGAGUUAUUAUUUAUGACGAUGAUCCAUAAUAGAGAAAUCAUUUAGAACGAAUUCUAAAGCAAUAUAAUGUUUGUGAUUUUACAAGGAACUAACAUUAAAAUAAGUAAAUACCAUGUAACGCCAGGUAGGAUAUUAAUGUACCUCAAGUUAAAGUUUAAGAAAUUUAAUAAGAAUUAAAACAAAAAUAGCCAAGAAUAUUGGAUGAUGAAGAAAAAUAAAUUUGGGAAUAAUAAGGAUAAUUGAUGUUUUAAAAAAGGCUUUAUGACGAAGCUAAUAAAUGUUUUGAGAGAAGUCAAAAUGAAAGAAUGGCUUUAUUAUCUAAAGCAUACCUAAAUGCAACUAAAGGAGCUUAAAAGUUAGCAAAUUAUAAAUCAUAUAAAGUCUAAUUUAAAAUUAAAGGAACCUUAGAUCUUAAAAACAAAAUGGAGGAAUUAGAAGCACUAUUAAAACAAGAUUUUCAAGAAGCAGCUCAGUAAUUUUAAUAACUAGAGGAUUUCUAAUAAGCAGCUAAUUGUUAUUACUCAGGUAUGAUGUAUGAAGAUAGUGCUAUGGCAUUUUUAAAUUUAUAAAUAUUACCAUAAGCUGCGAAAAGUGCUACCAAAUCAAAAUAAUUUUUGCUUGCAAUUUUAAUUUAUUAUCAGAUCGGCCAUCAUUUAGAUGUAUUAAAAUUACUUUCAGAAAAUAGCUAAAUAAAUGGUUUCCAAUAUGGAUUUUUCAAAUAUGAUUUCUUGAAGGAAUGCUUAACACAAAAUAUUCUAUAGAAGGCUGAAAUUAAACACCUUCUUUUAAAUUAAUUGUAGGAUUUAAAUUAAAAUGUUUUCUAUUUAUUAGCUUAGAAAUAUAACAAUAAAGACUAGAUUAAUUUUGAUGUGGAUGAAUUUACAAAAACAUAGAUAUCAUAAAACAUUUUGGAUAAAAUUCCGAUAAAAGACAUUUUUGAGAAUGAAAUAAAUUUAAUACUUAAUUCAUAAAUUUAAAUAGAUGAUGAUUUAGAAGAAAUGAUUUAUGAACAAUUUAAAAUGUUUUGGGAAAUAUAUUAUGAGAUAAUUGAUUCAUAAAUGAUAAUAAAUCCUCACUCAAAAUAAGAAAUUUCAGCAAUUUUUUAAUCAAAUUAAUAAAUAUACUAAAAUAGAAUAUUGAAGUCGUUUUUUAUUGACGUCUUAGAAUUACAGAAUUAACAUUAUGUAUUAACUACUUUAUAUCCUGAAAAUAGAUUACUUUAUUAAUAUUUUGAUCAAAAAGAAUAAAUUUAGGAGUUUAAAAUUGAAGAGAAUAAUAUUUGCUAAUCAUUGUUAUGCAAUGAGAGGUUGAUUUUAUAGUUUUUAUUGUUAGAUGAUAUUAAAACUUUAAGGAAAAUUAUGAACCACUAAAAUUCAUAAUAACAACAAUUAUAUCAAGAACUUAAUGAUUUAAUUUUAGAAAGGAAAUAACUUUUAAAUAUUAAUAAUGAAGAAUUAUUCCUAAUUAAGAGUUACUAUAUUCUAAACUAUUAUUCUAAAAGGUUCUAUAAAAAUAAUAAUUCAUUCAAAAAUUUCAUGAGGGAAUUUGUUGAAGUAUAAUUUCUAAAUCGAUUCAAUUUAUUUUUUUAGUUUUAAGAUAAAAUUCACAACAAUAAAGAGUUGAAUAAAGAAGAUGUAUAAAAGUUAUUUAAUUUAGGAAAUUAGAAGGAAUAAUUUAUGAUUCUUUUGCAUUUUUUUUACAAUUAUUAAUAGAGUAAAUUUUAGGAUAAAUUUCUCAAAAAUUUUAAUUUUUAAUAGCUCAUAUUUUUAGGAAAAUUUUUAAUAAAGGCAGUUAGUCUAUUUAAAACUGAUUAUGAAGAUAAUUAAUAUAAUUAAGAUGUAUAUUCAUCUAUUUGUUCAAUAUUUGGGCUCUACAAUUCUAAGACCAAGUUUCUUAAUAUUUUUGGCUCAAGUAUUACAUUUUAAUUUAAGUGUGAUGAUUCUCAAGGAUUAUCUUUUUAGUAAAACUUUGAAAUUGAAUAAAAAAUUGAAAAAGAAAUCAAAGAUAAUAUUGAUUAAACACCGAUCUUAUAGAUGUUAUUCAAUAAUAUGAUCUAAAAUAAAGCGUAUAAAUAAUAAUUGUUUAAAAAUUCACACACUCUAAUAAAAGAUUUAGUAUUCAUUUUUAACUAUGUAUGCCAUUUAAUUAAAAAAAACAUUAUCCCAAAGAAGAAACACGUUUUUUAUUUAAUUCAAGCUAUACAAAUCUUAGAUUCAGUAAAUAUAUAAAUUCCUUAAUGCAUAAUUGAGAUCAUUGAAAAAAACUAUAAAUUCUUAUUUAGUUUAAUUACUUUUUACACAUAUUGCAAAAAUUAAAUUUCUAUAAAAUCAUUAGAGCAUUGGGUUAAUUUUCAUAAAAAUAGAAAUUAAAUUAAAUUAUAUCAUCCAGAAAUUUUAAAAAAUGAGAUCAGUUAAGUAGUCUUGAUUUUGAUUCUUCUUUACAAUGUUGAUAUUGAAUACAUUAACCAAGAGGAUUAUUUUGAAGAAAUAAAUCUAAAAUAUUUGGCAAUAAAUUAUCGACAUUAUGAAAAUACAGAAAUAGUUGUUAAAAAAGAAAAAGAAGAGUAAUUACAAGAAAUAUAAGAUUUUUAAGGGAAACAGGAAGUAAAUCAAAAUUAAAGUUAGCAAUAAACAAAUUCUGAGAUUUAAAAUGGAGAAUUAAAUUAAGAUGGAGAAAAAAAAUAAAACUCUAUAGAAGAAAGUAUUUAAGAAGUAACAGAAUAAUAAAAUGAGCAAUAGUAAGAAUAACAUAAUGAAUUUAACAAAGAAAUAAAUUUUAUAAUUUUUGAUGAACAGAAGUUAUUGCUUGAACACUUUAUAUCUAUCUACUAUUGUGAAGAUGAUUAAAUUAAUGUUGACUUCAACUUUUAGCCAGAGCAUCUUGAUAAUUUAUUGUUAGAAAUUUAUAAAAUCUUAUAUAAUUACUUUGGAAAUGUUGAAAAAAAAGAAUUACAAACAUUUAUUUAUUAGCAUUUAAUUCUAUUAAAUCAAAAUUUAUUACUUUUAAGAUCAAAAUAAAAUCACUAUCAAAUAAUUAUAGAAGAAAUUAUUAAAAUUGAAAAUAACAAAUAAGAAUGUGAGAUAUCUUCUGAGAGCAGCAGUGAAGAUAGUAUUUAAGGUUAAGAUCCUGAAUAAUAGCAAAAAUAGUAAGGCUAAACAGAAAAGAAUGAGUAAUAAGAUGAAUAAAAACAAUUUCAAUAAACAGACAUUGAGAUUGUUGUUGAUUCAAAAGAAUAAUCAGAAGAAUAAUCAACAAAAUAAUAAAAAGAAGAAGAAUAAUCAACAAUAUAAUAACAAUAAGAUGAAUAAUCAAUAAAAUAAUAACAAUAAGAAGAAUAAUCAAUAAAAUAAUAAAAAGAAGAAGAAUAAUCAACAAUAUAAUAACAAUAAGGUGAAUAAUCAAUAAAAUAAUAAAAAGAAGUAGAAUAAUCAACAAAAUAAUAACAAUAAGAUGAAUAAUCAAUAAUAUAAUAAAAAGAAGAAGAAUAAUCAACAAUAUAAUAACAAUAAGAUGAAUAAUCAAUAAAAUAAUAACAAUAAGAUGAAUAAUCAAUAAUAUAAUAAAAAGAAGAAGAAUAAUCAACAAUAUAAUAACAAUAAGAUGAAUAAUCAAUAAAAUAAUAACAAUAAGAUGAAUAAUCAAUAAUAUAAUAAAAAGAAGAAGAAUAAUCAACAAUAUAAUAACAAUAAGAUGAAUAAUCAAUAAAAUAAUAACAAUAAGAUGAAUAAUCAAUAAUAUAAUAAAAAGAAGAAGAAUAAUCAACAAUAUAAUAACAAUAAGAUGAAUAAUCAAUAAAAUAAUAACAAUAAGAUGAAUAAUCAAUAAUAUAAUAAAAAGAAGAAGAAUAAUCAACAAUAUAAUAACAAUAAGAUGAAUAAUCAAUAAAAUAAUAACAAUAAGAUGAAUAAUCAAUAAUAUAAUAAAAAGAAGAAGAAUAAUCAACAAUAUAAUAACAAUAAGAUGAAUAAUCAAUAAAAUAAUAACAAUAAGAUGAAUAAUCAAUAAUAUAAUAAAAAGAAGAAGAAUAAUCAACAAUAUAAUAACAAUAAGAUGAAUAAUCAAUAAAAUAAUAACAAUAAGAUGAAUAAUCAAUAAUAUAAUAAAAAGAAGAAGAAUAAUCAACAAUAUAAUAACAAUAAGAUGAAUAAUCAAUAAAAUAAUAACAAUAAGAUGAAUAAUCAAUAAUAUAAUAAAAAGAAGAAGAAUAAUCAACAAUAUAAUAACAAUAAGAUGAAUAAUCAAUAAAAUAAUAACAAUAAGAUGAAUAAUCAAUAAUAUAAUAAAAAGAAGAAGAAUAAUCAACAAUAUAAUAACAAUAAGAUGAAUAAUCAAUAAAAUAAUAAAAAGAAGUAGAAUAAUCAACAAAAUAAUAAUAAUAAGAUGAAUCUAAUUAAAUUCCUUAAAGCGAUAUCAUAAUUGAAUCAACAAGGGAACAAAUUUAUUAAGAAUAAAUAUUUGUUGAAAAAGAGAAUCAGAAAAGUGAAAUUAUUGUAUAAAAUGAUGAAGGACAAAAUGAAAUCAAAGUAAAAAAAUAGAUUAAUAUUUUACAAAAUAUCAGAUUACAAUUAGAAAAACAAUACCUAUAUAGCUAUCAAUUUGAUUCUAUGGAAAAUUUACAAUUAAUAAGCUAAAACUGUAUUAAUUGUAACAUAAAUCCCAAUAAUUUUAAUUAAAAAAAUUAUUUUUGUUCCAAAUAAGAUAAAAUUAAUCAAUUAUAACCUAAUUUAAAAAUAGAUGAUUAAAGUCCUAUGAAUUAUAUAAAUUUUAGAAGCAAAAUUAGCUCCUUUCCUAUAGGAAAUAAAAUAAUUAAUGAGAAUUUGAUAAAUAUAGACAAAUUAAAGAAGUAACAUAUAUAUACUAUUUUAGAAUUUUGCACAAAUGUAUUACUAUUUCUAAAAAUUCAAAAAUUUAAGGCAUGUCUUAUUCAAUAUUCAAAGAAUUUGUAUUUUUGUUGUAAAAAGUAAGCGAUUUAGAAUAUGAACCUGAAAAUAAGUAAUUCAUAUAUAUAAAUUAGAUAAAUGUAAGUUAAUUAAUAGCUUAAAGAAAUUGAAAAUAAAUUAAAGGGGUAUAGAACUCACAAAUAAAAAAAUGAUUUGAUGACAAACCAAUUAUCAAAGUUUUUGAGCGGAUUAUGA